AUGUCCCAUCUCUCCGUCCUCUCCGCGCCUCUUUCUAAACCCACACGUCGCAGCGAAGACGACGCCUACUUUACAACACAAGCUUGCUCAUCUAGCAACUCGACCCUCGCUAUUCCCAACAACUUUUUGAAGCCAUCACGAUCCAGAUCCAACAGCUUCCUUCCCAAGCUUGGUGGUGUGAGCAGCUUGCCAGCUUCACCUAUUGCCUCGUGCUUCCCACAACGACCCGGUUUCCGUAGAGCUGCGACCAGCGCCGCUGUGUCGACCGUCAGCACUUGCGCCGAUUCGACACGCUUCGACGAGCUUCACUACUCUCAGACACACUUUUCGAGGAGCACGCUUCUCGUCUACCCUGGUCCCGAGAGCAAUACUCAGAUCGACGGUAGUCGAGCGGAAGCGGAAGAAGACAUCCGUGAACUGCUGCUAGCAUCCUCAGACGAAGAGUCUUCGGCCCCGCCUUCCACACCUGGUAUCGACAGUUCGAGAAUCCCACCUCGCGGUUCUUCGGUCCUCGUUUCGCAUCCCAAACAGUCUAUGGAAUCGGAAAAGUCGACAUUGUCGCUUCCUGAACCCAUCACACUUUUGGCAGCACCAACACCACAGGUUCACGAGAACAGACGUGCAGGGUGA